AUGAUGAGCGAGUACGAAGUAACCAUGCCAGGCGACUGCAUGACCGAGUUCAACGUCAAGUUCAACGGACCCAAGGAGAGUCCGUAUGAAGGCGGCAUAUGGCGUGUGCGGGUAGAGCUGCCGCAGGCCUACCCCUACAAGUCGCCCUCCAUUGGAUUCGACAACAAGAUCUACCACCCCAACGUGGACGAAGCGUCGGGGUCGGUGUGCCUCGACGUCAUCAACCAGACCUGGAGCCCCAUGUUCGAUCUCAUCAACAUAUUCGAAGUGUUCCUCCCGCAGCUGCUGCUCUACCCCAACCCGAGCGACCCUCUCAACGGCGAGGCCGCCGCCCUCCUGCUCCGCGAUCCCGAGCGCUACAAGUCCACCGUCAAAGAGUACGUGAAGAAGUACGCGACGGAGGAGGCCCUGGAGGCCAAGUCCGAGAGCGACAUGAGCGAGGACAUCAGUUCCUACAGCGACAUCUCGGACGGCGAGGAGGACGAGGGCGUCUUCCCGUAG